UCAAUGCGGGUCUCUCAAACAACCCAGACGAACUCUUGCAUGGGCCGCUAUAAGAGCAGCGCUAUCGACUAUCCAAGACAACUCAAUCUCCCUCCCUCAGCUGCAAUCCACGCUUGCAUCCACCCACCAGUUUCAGAUCACUUCUGCCUUCCAACGUGGUGCAGACGCAAAGUACUCGGGUUUUUCAAAUCCAUUUGUAGUCCACUGAAAUAUCACACACCACAAUCUGGGCUCUGAUUUUCUGGACUCUUGUUGGCACUUUCAAACAGGGGAGAAGAAUACAGCUGGGAUUGGAGUCGUGCAUAUCCCAUUCGGGAAUUCGACUUUGAAACCCUGAGUUUCGUUGCCUUCCAUUGUAAUCAUGGCGGGAGCUCAAGGAAAGUUGAUCACAAUUAUGGUUCUCGCUAGUAUGUUGCAAAUUGCAUCUGCUGUAACAUACACCGUGGGCGAUGCUGUUGGCUGGACAUUUGUAGAAAGUGCAACAUUCUACGACGACUGGGCCAAAACCCACACUUUCAGAGUCGGCGAUGAGCUCGAUUUCGUGUAUAGCUUUCCGGCUCAUGAUGUUUUCCAAGUAAGUGAGACAGAUGUGGCAAGCUGCACGAAUGCAACCACCAUCCAGAAGUGGGAGUUCUCCAACGCAAAGGUCACUCUCAACAGCGUUGGGUACCAUGGCUACAUCUGCUCACUUCCCAGCCACUGCAGCCCCGGAAACAUGAAGAUGAGUUUGCAAGUUGUUGCUGCAGACGAUACAGUUAGCGAGCAGUCUGCAGACGCACCUGCAGUGCCACCAACUGCCGGUGAUACACCUGGAAACAGCGGCUUUACUCUACAAUCUGGAUCUGCUUUGAUGUUCGGAACCGUAGCAGCUGCUUUGGUAGCUCUACUGAAUUGAAUUUAUAACCACAAAAGCUAAGAAUUUUCAUUGAAGAUAUUUCUUCAGCAUUCCUCACUCCCUGCAGUGAUUUUGAUCUUAUAUUUUAAACAAAUUGAUUGAUAUAAGUCUGACGAAGCAUUUUAUUUUAGUACACAAUGUGCUCGACGAUCAUAAUGUAUAAUACAGAGCCCCGGCCUGAGUGUUGUCCGUCCAUAAUUUAUAAAGAUGGUAUUCUUCUGAUAGUAUGCCCUUUCAUUGAUACCUGUUUGUAACAAUAUCCACAUUUGUUGGUGGUGGUGUACUUCAACUAAGGAUUUGGAUUAUUGCUAUGUGAGAUCGGGCCUUGGUUCAUUCAGCGGGUUCUCUCAAAGGGUACUGUAUUGUAUCACUCUUUGAGGGUAGUGGCUUUAAGAGUUUGUUCUCCUAAAUUCUGCGUAUGGC